GGAGCAGCAGCAGCAGCAGCAGAAGCAGGAAGGAUGGGAAGAAGCAUUGGAAUCACCUUCAGCGGAGCCGCUCCUACCUUCGCUGGAAAACAUCUGUCUGGAUGAUCUGACAUCGAUUCUGACAUCAACAACGACCCCACGACUGCGCCUACUCGUCGUCCAAGGAGAGAUGGAGCUCCGGCGGUUUCUGAGGACGAUCUUGCCACGGCUACCGAGGCUGACCUGUCUUCGGAUCGAGGAUAGCUUUUCGUGGCAAAAGAUUCAUAUCAGGGAGAUCUUGUACGCAUGCCAGUCUUUAUUGAGUCUAGACUGUGAUAGUUCUGUGGCCUUGCAAUUCGAUGACGCCUUUCACCAGCAGGGUACGAUAUCCAAGGACGAAACGGCAGCGGCUGGUCAUGGUGACAACAACAACAACAACAGUAACGCAAGUAACGACGAAUGUGAGGACUCCAACAAACAUGGCAACGUCCAUCAGGCUCAGGGAACUGGAUCCGUACUACCAGCGCCAACGCCAACAUCAGGUUCCUUAUCGACAUCUGAGUCGACACAGCAGCGUCUGGAUUUACCCGCACAACAUCUCCGGAUUUUGCGUCUGCACAAGACAAGUCUCACUGAUCAAGAGCUCCUUCGCCUUGUCCAGGAAUGCCCUCAACUCCAAGAACUCUACCUUCAUCAAGACCCAGGCACAGCCCCCACAGGAGGCCAACAUUCUGUUUCUGCAGUAUCGAGCAUCUCAGGCUACACCUCCGCUGCAAGCUCCUCCUUAUUGGCCCAUCAUCAUUCAUGGAACUGGUCCACAGAGUUCGUCACGGACUUGGCAAAGUCUUGUCCGAAUUUGGUCCGCAUUCACCUCAGUCCCGGGUGUUUCCAGUCUCUGCCGGAGGAGGUUUUGCUCAAGGUUUUGGAUGCGUUUCCGAGAUUGCGUGGAUUAGGGGUGCCGUUUUCGAAGUUUGGUGAUCAGACGAUGCUGGAGAUCUUGCGGACAAGGACAGGGACAAGGACGCGACCCACACAGGCAUUGCCGCCCCUAAUGCUACCCUCGUCAACAGGGUCCGGUUACCUACCGCUGCAGGAGCCACCACGGCCUGUGGACGGAUCGCUGUACUACAGUGCACUGACGAGCCUGGAUUUGACGCAUAUCAAGGGGAAUAGAUUAUCGAAUGCGAUGCUACAGACCUCCUUCGAGCGAUCCCCUGAGCUGUUGCGCUUUUGUGGGAACGAGCAGAUGAUUGACGUUGAGGAUAUGGUCCUGCAGGACACUGGCGCGCUCCGGCCUUGGGCUUGUACCCAUCUAGAGACGCUCAUCAUCGGGUUCCGGUUUCAGAAUAGCGAUGAUCCUUGCAACAGUAGCAUGAAAGAUAUCAAAGACGACGACAUCGUUUACCAACAGCUAAGUCGUCUGACGAAGAUGCGGAAGCUCACGAUCCUCAAAGACGGGCCAACUUGCAAGUCUAGGUCAAGCUUGGGAUUGCUGGCCUCGUUGCAAGUUCUGCAGUCGUUCAUGAUCCCAAGAUGGGAUAACAACACAGGGUUGCAGACCGAGCAGUUGGAUGCGGUGCGGUGGAUGGCCAAGUCAUGGAAUUGCCUACAACAGCUUCAUCUCCCUUGGGCCGGAAACACACCCCGGACAAAACAAAUUCGCCAGUUGUUACAUGACCUCAGUCGAUCGAGCAUUGAAGUUGUACCAUCAGACGAUUGAGCAAAUAAAAAGGAUAUCAAAACCC